AUGUUGUCUGCACAGAAAAAUACCCAGUGCAUACGGUCUGCACCAGUAACGUUAAACUGAAAUGGAGCAGUAAUUUUCUCCAGAAAUUCGCACAAUUCGUGCUUGUUUUGCAAGGAAUUUAACCUUCUCAGAUUCUCUGGUGUAGUGGGGUAUUGCAUUAGGUAGUCAUCAUGGCUCUGAAGAAGGUAAAGGGAAGUUUGGAGCGUGUUUUCGACAAGAAUCUGCAAGAUUUGGUGAGGGGCAUACGGAACAACAAGGAAAAUGAGGCCAAGUACAUAGCAUCUUGUAUUGAUGACAUCAAGCAGGAGUUGAGACAAGACAACAUUGCAGUCAAAGCCAAUGCUGUCGCAAAAUUGAAUUACUUACAAAUGUUGGGCUACGACAUCAGCUGGGCAGCUUUUAACAUCAUCGAAGUAAUGAGCUCGUCCAAGUUCACCUUUAAGAGAAUCGGAUAUCUGGCUUCCUCACAGAGUUUCCAUGAAGGAACUGAUGUCCUCAUGCUCACCACUAACAUGAUCAGAAAGGACAUUAACAGUACCAACCAGUAUGAUGCCAGCGUGGCCAUGAAUGGUCUUGCAUGUUUCACAUCCCCCGAUAUCGCCAGAGAUCUGGCUAACGACCUCAUGUGUUUGAUGGCUUCGACAAGACCGUAUAUACGGAAGAAGGCAGUUCUUCUUAUGUACAAAAUCUUUCUCAAGUUCCCUGAAGCUUUGAGACCAGCCUUCCCAAGGUUGAAGGAGAAACUAGAGGACCCAGAUCCAGGUGUUCAGUCAGCUGCAGUUAACGUCAUCUGUGAACUGGCUCGUAAAAACCCUAAGAAUUACCUAUCACUAGCUCCAUUGUUCUUCAAAUUGAUGACCAGCUCAACCAAUAACUGGAUGCUGAUUAAGAUCAUUAAACUGUUUGGAGCUUUGACACCAUUGGAGCCAAGAUUAGGCAAGAAGCUUCUAGAACCAUUAACUAACCUCAUUCACAGUACAUCAGCGAUGUCAUUACUCUAUGAAUGCAUCAACACAGUCAUCUCAGUUUUGAUUUCGUUAUCUUCAGGAAUGCCCGACCACUCAGCAUCAAUACAGCUGUGUGUUCAAAAGCUGCGCAUUCUCAUUGAAGACACAGAUCAGAACCUUAAGUACCUGGGUCUACUAGCAAUGGGUAAAAUCUUGAAGACUCAUCCUAAGUCUGUUCAGAGUCACAAGGAUCUUAUCUUAGACUGUCUGGAUGAUAAAGAUGAAUCCAUCAGGCUCAGGGCGUUGGAUCUGCUCUACGGCAUGGUAUCCAAGAAGAACUUGAUGGAGAUUGUGAAGAAGUUGAUGAUCCAUGUGGAUAGAGCAGAGGGAUCUCAAUACAGAGACGAGCUACUGGCUAAGAUCAUUCAGAUCUGUAGUCAAAAUAACUAUCAGUACAUUGUCAACUUUGAAUGGUAUGUGAGCAUUCUAGUGGAGUUAACUAAGAUUGAAGGAACAAAACAUGGCCAUCUUAUUGCAUCUCAGAUGUUGGAUGUAGCUAUCCGAGUCAAGGCGAUACGUUCCUUUGGAGUGCAACAAAUGGCCUUACUUCUUGAGAACUCCAGUCUCUUAGUGGGUUCGUCAGCCCAGAAUAAUGGCAUCUGUGAGGUGCUCUACGCAGCAGCUUGGAUUGUUGGAGAGUUCUCAGAGUUCUUACUAGAGCCUCGGGUAACGUUGGAGGCUAUGUUGAGGCAGAGGGUUACUAGUCUACCUGGUCAUAUACAGAGCAUUUACGUUCACAACAUCAUCAAGCUGUACAGUGCAAUACUGGUGAAGAUGGAACCUGAGGGUGAACGGGAAGCAAUCCAAGAGGUAACACAGCUCAUCACGGAGAAGCUCCCUGUGUUUGCUGAGAGUGCUAAUCUUGAAGUACAAGAGAGGGCAUGCUGCAUCCUUCAGAUGUUGAAGUACAUCACUAAGUUACAGGAGAAGGACAUUGAUGUCGCGGAGGAGGUUGCUGCUCUUUUUGCUGGAGAGCUCAACCCAGUGGCACCCAAGGCCCAGAAGAAGGUCCCUGUACCAGAGGGGUUGGACCUUGACAAAUGGAUUAACGAGCCGCCUUCAGAAAGCUCUGAUGAUGAAGUGACCAUAGAUACCAUGUUUGUACAUGAUGCUCAUAGGGUUAGCCAGAAGGUGAAGUACGAGGAGCUAGAUGAAGGUGAACUGAAGAAACGUCGGGAGGCUCGUAAGGUAGAGCAAGCAAGCAACCCGCACUACCUCAAAGACAGUCGCAAGAAGAAGCUUAAAGAUCUAGCUGCUGAGAAUGAAGCCAUGGUGGAUGGCAUCCCAGUAGCUAAGAUUGAUCUCAAUGUGCCUCUGCAUAUUCCAGGCGUGAACAAAGAUGGGCAACUGAUACACAAGAGUUAUCGUGACAUUCCAGCAGGUUUCAAUGUUACGGAUGAAUACAUAAAGAAGUCCAAGUCGUCUAAGAAGAACAAGAAAAAGCGCAAGAAGGGCAAGCGAGGGCGCCAUGUCUCGGAGUCCAGCGAUGACGUUCAGGUUGCCCACAAAGUGGACAUUGUCGGAGAGGAAAUGCCUGAGGGGGCAACAUAUUCUGAUGGUGAGGAUGAUGAUAGAGCUAUGGAUGAUCCACACCGAGCCUUGGAUAUUGAUUUAGACAGACCCUUGGGUGACGAAGAUAAGAUCCCAAUUCGAGGCCACCACAUCGUCCCAGAGGGCAGCAAGACCGAGGUCGGUCUGGAAGCCACGGAGGUUAUCCAUGGUGAGAAGCCUAAGAGGAAACAUCACCACCAUCGGAAAGAGAAGGAGACCAAGGAGAAGAAAUCAAAGAAAGAGAAAAAGCAUAAAAAGAAGUCCAGUAGUGCAGUGGAUGACGUAGCAGCACCAGCUGAGAAUGAGGUGGACCUCAUGGCUGGGAUGGGGGAAGCUGAAUCCCCAAGGCCCAAUGGUCAAGUGGCUGCAGCGGAGACUACCAGUCCUGAAGUCAAGGCUAGCAAUCCACCUCAAGAAACCAAGAAUGAGGACAUUAAUUUCUGGUUGACUAAAGACAAUGCAGCUGCUUCUUCAUCAGCGACAGCUGGAGAGGAUGUCCAAGUAGAUGAACCAAUGGAUGCCAGCGAAGAACCCACGGGAGAGAAACACAAGAAGCAUAAAAAGGAGAAGAAAGCCAAGAAAGAGAAGAAGGAUAAAAAGAAGAAGCAUUCCCACAAGAGCCACGCCCAUGAGGAGGCUGAGGAGGUAGAAAGGACUGAGGAGCCGAUGGAAAAUGGUACAGCCCAGGCUGAAGCAACAACACCAGAUGUAGUCAUACCGUCAAUGUCAAGCUACAGGCUUUUAGCGGAGAAUGAAUCAAUUAAAAUGAUGUAUGAAACGAGAGUAGAAGCUAAAAUGUCCAAACAAGUAGUAGUAUCCGUUAUCUUCAGCAAUCUGACAUCGUCCCAAGUCAAGUCACUGGACUUCAAUGUUCGAGACACACUCAAUACGAGGCUCAUACGAGGGGACGGACAGAGUCAGCAUGAAGGAAUCCAGGUACCAUUCCAACUCCCACCUAGUAUGACCAAUGAAGGGCAGUUUGCCUUCACAGUCGAGAGUAUUACCAUGGUUCAGAAACUACGUGGGACAUUAACGUACAUGCUUAAGGAUGAUAAUGGAUCAACUAGUGAGAAGAUAGAUUUCAAAGUGCACCUUCCAGUUUCUGCGUACUUUGUUGCCAAGCAAUGCACCAGUGCGGAAUACUCUGAGCUCCUAAGUGGAGGAGACCUGACAAGCAAACAGUCCUUGACCAUUCCUAGCGUAGAUGUUGACUUCUCUAUCGUGCUAGCCAGAACCUGCUUCUAUGGCCAUCUGUCUCUAGUUGAGAGAGUCCAGACGACGGCAUCUCUCUACAGUCGCUCAAUACAAGGACAUCAUGUUUGUUUACUUCUUAAAGUCAUGCCCAACAAGAGCAUUUCAGUGGAUGGUAAGAGCUCAGAUCCAACAGUUCUAUCAUCGCUGCUCGAUGAGGUCAAGACAUUCCUAACGGAAGCGUAAAAGUAACUAUAAUAUGUGUAGGAUAUAUAUAUAUUCAAAGUAAAGCCAUGCGAUUCAAUUUUCUCUGCUGAGUGCUGCCACGGGGAGAGAAACAAACGUCGCCAUUCAAGUGAGCUUGGGGUUGAUAUCACUAAGUGAGGUUUGUCAUGAUGUGCUUCCGAUGCAAUUUCAUCGUCACCGCAGUGAUUUGUAGUGUCGAGCCUGGAGUUAAGUGCAGGCAACGGAGGCGAUGGCCCCCUUCAAAAGUUCUCCAUUUUCCAAUGGUAGUGCCCUUUGCAAAAUUAAAAUGGACUUGUCAUUUCAAGAUAAAAGAAAUAUUUUGGGGAUUUGUGACUUUGAUAAUACAAGCAUGGCACACUAAUAUGAGAAAGGUAUUAGGCUAAAGGGCUGUCGCAGUUUUAAAUUAAAAAAAAAUUAUAGGUAGAACAAUGAGCAAAUAUCAAGUUUUUCUGCCAUGAUUGUUAUGCUACCUAUAUUUUGUCAAAGGACAUCUGCGAUGGCCCUAUUUUGUUUGUUUGUUUGUUUGUUUGUUUAUUAGACAAUCUCCACAGAAUUCUAUAAAAUACAACAAUUGGACA